GUGGUGUUGGUGAUAGUGGUGUAACCAGCAGCAAUAGCGUUCCCAGCGACGGAACAACCCCCGGUGACAGCCAACCCAAAAAGAAGGUCAUCCGGCGCAUCGUCAAGGUCCGGCGGGUCGUCAAGAAGAUGAAGAAAAAGGACGAAAAGUUCUAUCUGCGAACGGCAUUUGAUCUGCUCGACCGCGACCAGGAUGGGCACGUGACACCCGAGGAGUUGCAGUUUAUGCUGCGCAAUCUCGGCAUUCACGUACGAGACGAGCUGAUCGACGAUCUGCUGCGGGAAGCCAGUCGGACAGGUAACGGUCUAAUAGACGAAACAGAGUUCCUCCAGUGGGUGGCUAGAAUACAGGCCCUCAAGGACGACAGCAACACCAGCAGCAGCAGCAGCAGUAGCAACAAUCCCGCCCAGUCCGCCGACGACGAUCUGACGCAGGAUCUGGUGGCAGCGUUUCGGGUAUUCGAUCGCGAUGGCAACGGGUACAUCACGCGGGACGAGCUGAAAUCCGCCAUGGACAUGAUCGGCGAGAAUGUGACCGAAUACCAGCUGAACGAGAUGCUGGAACUCGCCGACGCCGACAAGGACGGCCGGAUCAACUACGAAGACUUCCAGAACUUUUUCCUUAACAAUUUCGACGCCCUGGUCCCGCCGCCCAAGAAAUGAGGGCAAACGUGCGGUUCCGGCUUUGUUACACUGACGUGUACGAGAGAGAGUGUGUAUGCCGC